ACUUAUCUCACCUAGUAAUGCAAGCUUCCUUGACUGUGAAAAUGAUGUCCGUCACUCGACACGCAAAAAAUCUCUCGGGUUUGGACAGAAGCUUUGGGGGAGCUAUAUCAAGGGGUUAUGCGACAGUAACCAAGUUCCCGCGACCCCCUCCUCCUACCGAAGAACCUCAUGUUGAAACGUUCUCUGCGCCUUCGAAACCAAGGCUAUAUUACACUAGACCUCCUCUUAAGGCUGACCUUCCUCACGUUCAGAAACGUUGGCCGUUCAUUCUUGCAUUCGCCACCCUCGGGGUUUCCGCUUGGGCUGCAUUUUUACUCUUCGCGACGAACCAAGAGAAACUAUCGAGCUCUGUUGUAAAGCAUAUUAUGCAGACGGUUAGGGAUAAUGAAGAACUGAAGGAUAUGCUGGGAGAUGCAAUCCGACCUGAACCUGCCUGGUAUUUGAAUGGCGACCCUUGGAUAAAUGGCUCGAUUAACCUUCCACAAGGCAAUGUGGACCUAAGUUUCCGUCUAAAGGGUCACCAGGGCUCCGGUACUCUCUAUUUUACUAGCAUUCGGAAAGGCAAAGGACAGCCGUUCACUCCACUGAGGUUCCGCGUCAUCGGGGAUGAUAAGAAGGUUGUGAAUUUAUUCCCCCAUACUUCAAGUUCGACCAUCAGUGCCGAGUGUUCGUAACACUUGUCGUUCCCCGACGUGGGUUAUUUGAACUACAUCCUCAAGAAAGUUUGGCUACGUUUCUUGCAGCGUACGUCGGUGGUAUAGAAUCACCGUCUUUCAUUGCAGAACAUACAAGUAAUCAUUAGCCUUGCUGGGGGUCCCCUAAGACGCCCUUAAUACAACCUCAAUAACAACGUGUCAUUCAAAAGCGUUAGCUGGCAUAUGCAUCUCGACUUUUACCUGAACUCGAGGUGUCAAAUAUCCAUCUCACCCGAGGGAUUCUCUUGAAGGCCUGUCAAACAUUAUGAUUUUCCAUUUGACUGUCG